AUGGCUCCCAUGGCGGAAACCGUUACCAUUAUCAAUAAAUCCGGGAAAGUAGUGAGCACAGGAAAACAACUGGUAAACAUCUUCAAAGAUGCAAAGGCCGCAUACCAAGAGAAGAAGGCACAAUUAAGAGAAGAGCAUUAUCAACGGGAAGAGGAGCGAACACAGAGAGCACGAAGAAGAGCAUACGAAUCUCAGUAUGUAAUUGAAGAUGUUGGAGACAUUGGAGAAGGGGGAGAUGAUGCACAAUCGGUAGCAUCUAGACGAUCUCAUCGAUCCCAUCGUUCACAUUCUUCUCGUCAAGAACCUCGAUCAAAUUCUCGUCCUCCCCUCACACUCAAGAAUCAUGAGGAAUUUCCAGAUACGCAAAGCAUGGCUAGUGGACGCUCCCACCGUUCUCACCGAUCUCAUCGCUCACAUACCCGAACUCGUCACGAAUUGAAUUUCGAUGAUUUGGAAGAGGAAGAUGACAUGCAAAGUCUAGCGAGUAAACGCUCACAUCGUUCUCAUCGAUCGAAACGAAGCCACUCAGUUCAUGGUUCUAAAGCUACCACUCAACACCAACCCGCGGAAACUCACCACGAAGAUCCAGAAGAGGACGUUUAUGAUCCUCCUCUCGCCAUGUAUAAACAACCAUUUGCCGGGACGGAAAUGACUUUAGUGAGAAGACAUACGGAUGUGCAAACUCCUCCUAUGCCAGGUCAUCUCGUGAGAAGAGAAACAGCGCCUCCAUCCUGUCAGGCUGGUCAAUUAGUCCCUCAUGCGAAAACCGUACCGGAUCUUCAAGACGACGGAAUCGAUAUGGAUUUAGCGUAUGGAGAUUUACCCCCUCAUCUAGAAUCUGACCCUGAACCCGAAUAUGAACAAGCAAUCGUCCCACAACAACUUCCAGCAGAACUCGAUGAAACAAUGAGUAAACUAGACAGUCUUCUCAUCGAAGCCCAAUGUCUUCAUCAUACUGCUACAGGCAUAAUGUCAAAUCUGCAAGCCAAUCCCGAAGCCAUGGCUGCCGUAGCCCUUACCCUCGCAGAACUCUCUGCACUUCUAACCAAAAUGUCUCCCUCCAUACUUCCCAUGCUCAAAGCCAGUUCUCCAGCUAUUUUUGCCCUCCUCGCCUCCCCUCAAUUUCUCAUCGCCGGAGGCGUAGCCCUAGGCGUUACAAUCGUAAUGUUCAACGGCUAUAAAAUCAUCAAAAAGCUCCAAGCCACUCCCGAAAAGCCAUUGGAAGCUCCAAUGGCCAUGCAAGCUUUACCCGCUACUCCCGGUUACCCCGGAACCCCCGGAUUCAUGGAACCCAAAGAUAUGCAGCACGAAUACGAGGAAGCGCUGCCAUGCGAAGCGUACGAGAAAGAAUUAGGCAGUAUUGAUAUCUGGCGUCGAGGGAUCGUGGAUGCAGAAUUGGAAAGUGUAGGUACGAGUGUUGAUGGUGAAUACAUCACACCCACAGCUGCACGACAGAAGGAAAGUCGAAAUGCAGAGCGAAUUCGUCAGCGAGCUGCUGAGGAAAGAAUUGAUGAGGAUGAUGAGGAAUCGAGAGGUCUUAUGAGUCGGUUGACGAGUAAACCUCGACGAUCAAAAACUCUUCCUAUCAGAAGUAGUAGUUCUCAAUUUGAACCUUCGGCUGCUAAAGGAAAGGAUGAUUUGGAAUCUAGUCGUACUUCUCGUGAGAAGAGUUCUAAGUCAAGCAAAGGUUCUAAGAGUCAUAGAUCGAGUCACUCAAAGAAAGAUGAUGAUAAUGCAUCGAUGGGUUCAGGACGAGGAGAAAGAACAGAACGAGUAGAGAAAGAAGAAAAAGAAUCCAAAGAAAAGAAAAAGAAGACUCCUCUGAGUAUUUUUAGAAGUAAGACGGAAAAAAGUAGUAGUUCAAAAGGAAAAGAGAAGGAGGGAAAGAAAAUGGGUCAUCAUCCGCUUUUACUUGAGGUUUAG